AUGAAGCCCCCGGUGGUUAUAGCGGUGCUGGUAGUACUGCUGCAGGUUUCUCAGAGUUUCCCUCCCUUGUACCACAGAGGUUGGUGGAGAUUGCUAAGGGAAGGAGACAGUUGUGGAAAAUGCGAUUUGGCACUUUGCUCUAAGCCUGCACACUGUCCAGCUGGGACUGUACUGGAUCGCUGUGGCUGCUGUCCUGAAUGUGGAAAUGUGGAAGGUCAGAUCUGCGACUUGGACCAGGGCAAUCAUUUUUACGGGCAGUGUGGCGACAACCUGGAGUGCAGGUUGGAUGCUGAUGAAGCGAGGUUUGGGGAGGUGCCUGAACCCCAGUGCGUGUGCAAGUCUCAAGAGAGCGUCUGCGGACCUGAAGGGAAAACCUAUGAGAACAUCUGUCAAUUCAACAAGGCUUAUGCCACGAGAGGAAAUGUCAGCAUGAAACAUAAGGGACCAUGCGAAUCAGCUCCUGUGAUUUCUGUGCCACCUCAGGACACCCAGAAUUUCACAGGCAAUGAUAUCAUUUUUGGCUGUGAGGUGUCAGCCUACCCUAUGCCACACCUUGAAUGGAAAAAAAAGGGGAAUAAAAUGUUUCUGCCAGGCGAUGACGCCCAUAUCUCAGUACAGGCACGAGGUGGGCCUCAGAAGUAUGGUGUGACUGGCUGGCUGCAGAUUCAAGGCCUCAAAAAAUCAGAUGAGGGUGUCUACAUCUGCCAUACCAAAAAUAAGUAUGGUACAACAUAUGCCUCUGCAAGAUUGAAAGUCAUUGACGGUUCACCUUCCACAUUUGCAUUUACUGCCGGCAGUAAAAGUGCAAGCUACAACACUGAUUACGACGCCUAUUAUGACCACUCUGAAGAGGAGGAUGAGGAAGAAUAUGAAUCUGGAGAUUAUGAAAAUUGA